UUUCUCUCAUAAAGAAGCCCUAGCCGACACCUUCAAUAACCCAUUUUCCUCUGCUUCUUCAGCUGAGGCAAACCGUAGCCACUAAGAAUGCAGAUCUUCGUGAAAACCCUAACCGGGAAGACCAUAACCCUAGAGGUCGAGUCUUCCGACACAAUCGAUAAUGUCAAAGCCAAGAUCCAAGACAAAGAAGGCAUACCCCCGGACCAACAACGCCUCAUCUUCGCCGGUAAGCAACUCGAAGACGGCCGCACCUUAGCCGACUACAACAUCCAAAAGGAAUCCACUCUCCACCUUGUUCUCCGUCUCAGGGGUGGCGCCAAGAAGAGGAAGAAGAAGACCUACACCAAGCCUAAGAAGAUCAAGCACAAGAAGAAGAAGGUCAAGCUCGCCGUGCUCCAGUUCUACAAGGUCGAUGAAUCCGGCAAGGUUCAGAGGCUGAGGAAAGAGUGCCCCAAUGCUGAGUGUGGGGCUGGCACUUUCAUGGCUAACCAUUUUGAUAGGCACUAUUGCGGUAAGUGUGGACUUACUUAUGUUUACCAAAAAGCUGGUGGCGAUUGAGUUUCCACCUUUAGCUUGUCGAUCUUUUGUUAGUAUGAGAGACGGGAUUUUAAUUUCCAAUUAUCGUUCGACUCUUUAAUUUUUUAAUGUUACGAUACUUGGGAUAUGAUCAUCAAUUUUAGCUUUUCUGAAUCUAAGUAAGGGCAUUUUACA